CCGACAGUGUGUGUGAGUGCUUAUGUAUGUGUGUGUGUGUGUGUGUGUGUGUAUGUGGUACUGCGAGCAGCUCUUCAGCAUGCUCCUGGUAGAGGAUAUAUUCCUUUAAAAGGGGAACACAAUUAUAUUAGGCGAAAUGAGAUCCUGUCAGACGGCGCGUUAACGAAGCGGGACGCGAUAUUUUCCCCCUAAUUUUUCCGUUUUCUCUGUAAAGCCCACAGCUCCGGGCGACCAUGUCGGGGAAAAUAGAGAGCAAACACGAUUCUCAGAGGUCUCAUAUCUCCACCUUCACCAUGAAGCUGAUGGACAAGUUUCACUCGCCCAAGAUCAAGCGCACUCCAUCCAAAAAGGGCAAACAGAGUGCUCCUGAACCGGCCGUCAAGACCACAGAGAAACCUGUUAACAAGAAGGUGAGCCGCCUGGAGGAGCAGGAGAAGGAGGUGGUGAGUGCCCUGAGAUACUUUAAAACCAUCGUGGACAAGAUGUCAGUGGACACCAAAGUGCUGCAGAUGCUGCCUGGCUCAGCUAGCAAAGUCCUAGAGGCCAUUCUGCCCCUCAUGCAAGUGGAGGCAAGGAUCCAACACAGUUUGUCCCAUUCUCCCAGUUCUGCCGUAUCCUCCUGUCAUAAUCGUGUGUAUCAGAGUUUGGCGAAUCUCAUUCGCUGGGCCGACCAAGUGAUGCUGGAGGGCAUCGACCUAGAUGACAAAGAAACUGUGGCGACUGUUACUGCAGUGAUAAAGGCCGUGCUGGAUGGAGUAAAGGAGUUGGUGAAACUCACUAUAGAGAAACACGAACAGCCAUCCCCAACGUCGCCUAGCAAGCCAGUACUCCCCGUGGCCAAAGUAGAGAGCAUGUGCGAGAUACCUCUAACUGAGAGGGAAAAGGAGAUCCUCAGCAAAACCACGCCCACGGAUAGUUUGACGAACAUCUCGGAAGAGGAAGUAGCGCCGCCCAAACCUCCUCUACCGGGGAUGAAGUUAGCAGAGCACAGGAGCAGGAUGCUGUCAUGCUUCAGUCCUGCGGUGACAGAAAUUCCACCUGCUUUGCCUCCAAAGAAGCGCAUGUCCACCUCGUCGCCAACCCGCAUAGCCGUGGUAGCGCCUAUGAGUAGAACAAGCUGUGGCCUUAACCUGCAGCAUGGAAGUCUCAAACAGGACUUCGAGGUAGAACUACUUCAGAGGCGAUUUUCUGGCGGCAGCCAAUCAUAUGGCGGGGAUUCACCUCGCCUCUCGCCCUGUAGCAUAAUGGGAAAACUGAGCAAAUCAGAUGAGCAGCUUUCCUCAAUAGAGAGGGACAGCGGCCAAUGUUCACGCAACACUAGCUGUGAGACGCUCGAUAACACAGACGGAUACGACCCUGAUUACGAUUUCCUCCAUCAAGACCUCUCAGUGUCUGAACCAAUGCCAUUUCCCACGGUUCCCAGCAGCUCCCUAAGCCCUCUCCCAGAAUGCCUCACUGAAACCCCUGUGACGUCUCCUGUCCCAGGACAACCACGGCACAGUGCCCCUGUAGUCCCGUUUAACGCCGCGGGAGAAAGGCCCCCUGCACUUCCGCAGAAAAAGAGGCGCUCCACUCCCAUCCUGUCACCUUGCCAGCUCUAUGAAAUCCGGCCCUCGGACGAAGACACACCCACUUCAUUGGUCACACCCACUGUUACCAAUGGCACUGAACUGACAUCCCCGAGCGACAGCCCCCCACCUCUGCCAGAAAAGAAGAGCAGAACGAGUACGAUUCUCCAAUAUAUGCAGUUUGUAGAGGAUUACUCUGAACCACAGCCUUCCGUCUUCUAUCAGACGCCUCAGAGUGAAAGAAUCUACGAACAGCGCAGGAACAAACGAUUCCAAGAAGUUUAUGGGUCCAACGACGGUUACGAGACUCCGCCCCCUCCAGCACUGCCACCCAAACAGAGGCAGCUGGCAUCUCACUCUUCCUCUCCUUCCUCCUCUUCCUCUUCCUCUCUCUCGCUCCUACCUCCCUCCACUGGCGCUCCGGAGGAGGCGGAGUCCACUAUUGGCCUCGGCCUAUCUGUGUCUAACUCCUUCCUUAGUGGCCACGCCUCUUUAACCACACCCACGAGUGAGAGUGCAAACGAUGAAGGUGGAGAAGGAGAAGGAGAGUAUGUAAAUCUGUACUCUGCCUCCCAGGCUAAUGGAGAUAGCACACACCACUCGGAUUCGCACACACACUGUAAUGUAAUCGAUGACUCGACUGCCCACAUACCAUCGGCCAAGGAAGGCAGCAAAGAAGCUUUCGUUAAAGAGAGGUUAAAGUCAACUGACUCGAGUCAUGUCAUAGAAGAGGUUGACGAGCUUUCUCUCGUUGAUCACAAAGAGAUCAUGAGUCGCAUCACACUUAAAGUUGAGGGGGAUGAUGGCCCAGAUGUCAGAGCCGGCUCAAGCGAUAUUCUCUUGGUUCAUGCUACAGAAACAGAUCGGAAAGAUCUGGUGUUAUACUGUGAAGCGUUUCUAACUACAUACAGAACCUUCAUCACUCCUGAAGACCUCAUCAAAAAACUGCAUUACAGAUACACUCAUUUCUGCCAUAGUCCGGACACAUUUAAGAAGCGUGUCAGUAAGAACACAUUCUUCGUGCUGGUGCGGGUGGUGGACGAACUCUGUGUGGUGGAGCUGACAGAGGACAUCCUCAGGCAGCUGAUGGAUCUCGUGUUCCGGCUGGUAUGUAACGGCGAGCUGAGUCUGGCGCGCGUCCUUCGCAAAAACAUUCUGGAUAAAGUGGAACAGAAGAGGCAGCUACAGCACACACACAUCCUUCAGCCGUUAGCGGCACGAGGGGUCUCGGCCAGGCCAGGCACACUGCAUGACUUUCGCAGCCAUGAGAUUGCUGAUCAGCUUACACUUCUGGAUGCAGAGCUCUUCUACAAGAUUGAGAUUCCAGAGGUUCUUUUGUGGGCGAAGGAGCAGAAUGAGGAAAAGAGUCCCAAUCUGACCCAGUUUACAGAGCACUUUAACAACAUGAGCUACUGGGUGCGCUCAAUAAUCAUCCAGCAGGAAAAAGCUCAGGACAGAGAGAAACUGCUGCUCAAAUUCAUCAAAGUCAUGAAGCACUUGAGGAAAUUGAACAACUUUAACUCGUACUUGGCCAUCCUGUCAGCACUGGAUUCUGCACCAAUCAGGAGGCUUGAGUGGCAGAAGCAGACGUCUGAGGGAUUAGAGGAAUACUGCACCUUGAUUGACAGUUCUUCCUCUUUUCGAGCUUAUAGAGCGGCACUGGCAGAUGUGGAGCCUCCAUGCAUACCUUACCUUGGGUUGAUCCUGCAGGACCUGACCUUCGUGCAUUUGGGAAAUCCGGACCUAAUUGAUGGGAAAGUGAACUUCUCCAAGCGCUGGCAGCAGUUCAACAUCCUGGACAGUAUGAGGCGCUUCCAACAAGUACACUACGAGCUGAAGAGGAACGAUGAUAUCGUGGCGUUUUUUAACGACUUCAGCGACCACCUGGCCGAGGAGGCAUUAUGGGAGCUUUCACUCAAGAUCAAACCGCGCAAUAUUACACGCCGCCGGACUGAGCGUGACGAGAAAACUUAGAGGACGUUUCAAAAGCCAGAGUUAACGCCUCUAGAAACUUUUCCAGAGAGUGAGUGGAAACCUGGAGUUUUCCGAGCCACAUGUAAGACUUAAUUGAACAGAGUGGAGCAAAGGCAAUAUUUCCCCAGAGAUAUACUAAGUAAUAUACUAAUAUAUGCAUACACACACGCACACACUGGAGGACUUUACUUGUAUGUUUGAAUGUGUGUGCGUGUCUGUGUUUGUGUGAGAGAGAGAGAAAUGUGGAGCUUUUGCUUGUUCUAAGUCACUGUGUCUACAUCAGCGAUGAACACUAAAGGGGCUCACAUUCCCUGUUCGCUACAAAGCAGGGCAGAAUAAUAGAAAAGGAAGUGUGUGUGUGGGUGUGUGGGCCCCUUAUUGCCAUGUUUCUGGAGUUUUUACUCCGGUUCCAUCACGGACACCUCUCCUGACUCAUGUUGCCAGGCAACACUAAUAGUGAUAUUUUGAGUGUUGUUUUUUUUUUUAACUCUCGUCCCCCCAGACACCCCCCACCCCAGCAUCGUCUCUGUGUUAUAUAUUGUAUAUGAUAAAAAAAGCGUAUGAUGAUGUACAGGUGAGUAUUCUCCUCAUAUAUAAAUAAGAGAUGUUUCUUUUUAUUUUAAACAAAUUUUAUGCACUAAAAAAAAAGAAACAAAAAGCAAAAACACAAGGACUGAACACGCUGUGAUCUCUGUAAAUGUUACAUAUGGAUGUGAACUUGCAGGCUUGCAAGGGAUGUGUUAACAAAAAAAGUCGUUCGUGUACGUGUGCAUGCACUUGCACACAUGUCUGAUUGUGUCAUUUAUGUUUACUGACUCAUGGGAAUUACUUUGGUUAUGCUCACCACAUAAUGUGCUUUUCUCCUCUCCCCUGAAUAAAACUACCUUUUUACA